CGAGUUUCGUCGGCUUCAAGAUAUUUUUCUCACUUUUUGAGUCACCCUACUCCGGUCAAAAACAAGAUUUUACGUUAUUUUGUUCAUGAAUCAUGGAGUUUAAAGCCUUUAUAGAGGAUGAGACUUACAGGUUUAUCAAAGAUAGAUAUCUGCACAAGGGGAAGGGUAGACCAAAAGGCAUCCCAAAAGAUAUUGUAAGGAACAACAAGAUCCUUGUGCAGUUAUCACAUCUAAGAGAGGAAGGACAUUUCUCAUGGUCACAGGUAGAUGUUUGGGUGGAGGAGAUUUUUCCAGAAUCAAGGUUGAUGGAAGGGGCCCUAACAAGAUUCCGAAACAUGAUUGAUGCUGCCAGAUCUACAUUUUCUACACUAGAGCCUGACCUCAAGGAGGACUUUCUUAACAAAGAUAUUGAUUUUAACUACAUUUCUAAAACUUGUGACAGUUUAGGUAUAACCCGUUCAACCAUUUCUAAUCCUCCUGAUACACCUCUUGACCCUCCUUUGAACAUUUGUAAUGAAUUAAUUAUUGAUCUAGAAAUUUUUAGACGUUCACAUUCUCAUUUAUUAAAUAAAAAGUUUUUAAUUAGGUGGUUGCAUUGUUUAACUGGUCUAAAUAUAAGCAAAUUACCAAGUGCUGUUGAUUCUGUUUUUAAGAAGUAUACUUUUCUAAAUAAGCAGGCACAUAGGAAUCCUACAGCAUUGAAACAAUUUCUUGUGUCUGAAUUUUCUUUACAUUUAAAUUUAACUCCAGUAAGCAGUCCUACAUUAACUAAUGAUAUUUCAAUUUCUUCAAUGUAAUAAAUGUGAUAAUUUGCUUGUUGAAAAUUCUAAUUUAUCUGCAUCAUUGUUAGCCAUUAAACAGGAAAAAAUUAUUUUAGAGAAAAAAAAUAGAGAAUUAGAGAAACAUUGUUGUAAUCUUGACCUAAUUAAAGAAAAUAUUCAAAUAAAUUUUAAAAAGAGAUUAGCUAAAACAAGAGAAAAUCUAAUUAGUCAGACCACUGCAUUAAAGAAAGUCCAAAGAAAAAACAAUAUAUUAAUAAAAAAAGUGAAUAAAUUAAGGGUUGAUUUGCAAAAAGCACAGCAAGAUUCUGGUAGACUUAUAGAACAGGGGGUGGGGGGAGUUAAAGAUAAAGAUUUUAAUUUUAGCUUAAAAACUUUACAAAAUGUUUAUUCUGAUGACACUCGUAAAUGUGUUAUUUCACUUAUGUGUGAUGGUAAAGUUUCUGCUGUGAAUGUUUCUAAUGUUAUUGAUAUUGUUUCUAAAAAUAUUUUUCAUCAUGUCUUUAAAGAUUUUCCUUCUACUCAAACUUGUAUUAAUAUGCUAGGGGAGGGGUAUGUAAUUAGUAAUUUUCAAGUAGCUGAAGCUGUUUUACAAUCAAACUCAUGUACUUUACAUAGUGAUGGGACAUCUAGAGACCACAAGAAGAUUGUUGGUCAUCAACUAACUUUAGAUUCCAAUUAAUCAUAUUAUCUUGGUUUUACACCAGUAGCUUCAGAAGAUGCUAAUACUCUAUUAGAUGUAGCUAUAAAUUGUUUUAGGAAUUUA